AUGUCUGAGCCAAUUAACAAUAAAGAGGACGUGAAACCUAAAUCUGUCGAACCAACUGCAGAUAUUCCAAAUGAUGAAGUGGAUGAAUCUGUUUAUAAAAGGGGUCAGCAAGAUAAGUGGACUCGCGCCCGUAAAGGUGAUAAAAGAGAAAACACCAAUAAAAGAUUCAAGAAGAAUUCAGGCGAUAAAAAGGAGAGGGAGCAUAAGGUCACUGAAUUUACCCCAAGAGUAGAUGAAAAUGGUAACCCAUUGCCAAAAUCGGAAAGAAGACCUAAGAAGAAGGUUGCAUGUAUGAUUGGAUACUGUGGAACUGGAUACAAUGGUAUGCAGAUCCAAAAUAACCUUGACGUUAAGACUAUUGAAGGAGAUUUAUUCCAAGCAUUUGUUAAAGCCGGUGCGAUCUCACCUGAGAAUGCGGAUGAUUUGAAGAAGAACGGUUUUAUGAGAGCAGCUAGAACUGACAAGGGGGUUCAUGCUGCAGGUAAUGUGAUCUCGUGUAAGUUAAUUAUCGAAGAUGAAGAUAUUUUAGAGAAAAUCAACAAGGAAUUACCUGACCAAAUUAGAGUUUGGGGUAUCGAAAGAACCAACAAGUCGUUCGAUUGUCGUAAGAUGUGUUCUUCAAGAGUUUACGAAUACUUAUUGCCUACAUACAGUUUCUUACCACCAAAGCCUAAGACUGUUUUGUCCGAAUUGGUCAAGAAAGGUAAAGCUGACCAUCCAGGAAUAGUUAGAGAUGACCCUGAGGGAGACGCAUGGUGGGCCGAAACUUCUCAGGCUAUCUUAGAUAGUGGAAUUUCUCAAGAUGAUGUCAACAAAGCACAAGCCAUCUUAGAAGCUACUAACAGUAUUGAUAAUGAAGGAUCUGAAAUUAACAAGGAAGAUACUAAGUUGUACAAUGAGAAUGGGGAAAUAACUGAAACCGGAAAAUUGAUUAAAUCUAUCAAACAAAUCGAGAAUAAGAGAAGAAGAUCUUAUAAUGUUUCUAAAGAGAGAUUGGAAUUAUUCCGUGACGCUAUGAAACAAUAUGAAGGUUCUCACAAUUUCCAUAACUUUACUUUAGGUAAGUUAUAUAAAGAUCCCUCUGCAAGAAGAUAUAUGAAAUUGACCACUGUAUCUGAUCCAUUUGUUAUUGAAGGUACUGAGUGGGUUUCAAUCAAAAUUCAUGGGCAAUCGUUUAUGUUGCAUCAAAUUAGAAAAAUGAUUGCCAUGGCGGUUUUAGUAAUCAGAACUGGGUGUCCAAUUUCAAGAAUCCAAGAUUGCUUUGGCCCAACUAAAAUCAAUAUUCCAAAAGCACCGGCUCUUGGUUUGUUGCUUGAGAAUCCUGUUUAUGAAGGAUAUAACGGCAUGUUGGAAAAAUUCGGCUAUAAUAAAAUCGAAUUUGAACCUUACAAGGAAGAGAUAGAUAAAUUUAAGAUGAAGUAUAUUUAUGAUAAAAUUUACGGUGAAGAAGUUAAAGAAAAUGUAUUCUAUGGAUUCUUUGGAUUCAUUGAUACUUUCAAAGGAAAUAUCGAAUCAAAGGAAGGCAAACAUAUCUUUGAUUUCUUAGGAGCAGUAUUCGAAUCAGGACUUAGCAAGGACAAUAAAGUUGUAGAGACAAAUAAGGAUAACGAAGACAAUGUACCUGCUAAACCUCAGGAUAAUGUUGAUUAG